AUGAAUGCACUUGCACUUCAUCCCACAGAACGUACAGCGGAGUGUGAAACAGUUCCAAUGCCUAAUCCUAGAUAUAUUAAGUGUCUUGUACAGGUAGAAGCUAUUACUUUAAAUCUAGUUAAUUCUCUCUAUAUACGAUAUCUACUUGCAAACUUAAAAAGAACUAUUAGAAGUGACUUAGGGUGCGAAGUCGCUUUGUUAGGAAAAGAUACUUUAGCUAGUAGUAAUCUUUAG